UCCGGGAUGGGACGCGUACCAUCUACUUCACAUUCCCCCCUUCCUGUUGUCCUUCUGUUUCCUUUCCCGGCCCUCGAACAACCCACGCUUCUCUCCUUCCUGUAUCGCUGACCUUCAUCUUCUUCGUCCUUCCGAUGGACAGGCCACAAGACAUGGCGCUUUUGCGCCUCCGGAACCCGAUCAAGGAGGUCGACUUCUUCUCCCAGAACGGUCGGCAAGAUGUCACUGAAGCUGGAGCCGGCGUUGCGUCACCUAAGGGCCAUCAGGAAGAGGAGGAAAACGCGCUGGCUCGUGGAGGCGCCUCUGUCAACACUGGAUUGUACCUUCUAACAGUGAAUUCUCAGGCCAGCCAAGUCGUCGUCGAUGAGGAGAAAUCAAAACACAAGUCGCAGUUUUCUGCGCUUCGGAUCGAGCUAAACCGAGUCAGGGAUGAGAACCGGAGAUUAAGAAGCAUGCUGGAUCAGCUCACAGAAAGUUACACUGCCCUACACAGUCAGCUUCUUCCAGCGGUGCAACAGAAAGAACACGAGAUCUACCGAUGGCAGGAUGGCAAGACCGGUGUGGCAAGACAAGGAGAACCAUCAGCACACCAAAUCAUGGAACAUGGACCGGCUCGCAUGCGGAUGAUCCACGGAAACUCCGAGGACGGCGACGGAGAACACUCCUCUUCGCUCAACAUAAUCUCCAGUGAUCGAGGCAUCAUUCCAUCCGCAGAAACACAGCACUCUCAGGUUGAUGGCUCCUCAGAGAACCCCAAUCUAACGCAAGAAACAAGCAGUACUGCUACACCAUCUGACCUCUCAAACCGGAGAGCAAGAGUCUCGGUGCGUGCUCGAUCGGAUGCACCAAUGAUCAGUGACGGCUGUCAGUGGAGGAAGUAUGGUCAGAAGAUGGCUAAGGGCAAUCCCUGUCCUCGGGCCUACUAUCGCUGUACCAUGGCUACCGGAUGCCCAGUUAGGAAGCAGGUGCAGAGAUAUGCCGAGGACAAGACGGUACUUAUAACCACCUAUGAAGGCAAGCACAACCAUCCUCUUCCUCCCGCCGCAAAAGCCAUGGCGAACACCACGUCGGCGGCCGCGGCCAUGCUACUCUCCGGCUCCACCACCAGCAAGGACUCGCUCGUCGCCUCCGCCAACGGCUUUCUGCACCCUCACAUACUCUAUGAUUCCACCAUGGCUACUCUCUCCGCCUCCACCUCGUUUCCCACCAUCACCCUCGACCUGACGAAGUCCGCGAACCCGAUCCAGCAGCUGCUGCAGCGGGCCCACCCUACGGUGUCCCCGCUCCAGAUGCCUUUCCCCAUAUAUGGCCUCCCGCAGAAGCUACCGAGCAUGGUCGGGCCGCAGACGUUGCAGCACGGACCGCGGCAGCAAGCGGUGGUCGAGAGUGUUACUGCCGCGAUCACCACCGAUCCAAACUUCACCGCGGCCUUGACCGCCGCCAUCACGUCCAUUAUGGGAGCUCCGACAAGUUCAACCGGAGCCGGCGGUAGCAAUGUGCCCUCUGCCGGGGCUCACAUGGUGCCUGGAUCUCCUCAGCUCCCCAAGCCCUGCACCACCUUCUCUCUUAAUUAGAAGGGCAUGCAGGUUCUUCAAGUGUCAUCAACUCAAGUCGCUUGGAUAGGCUAAGCUUUCUUGGUGUUUCAUUCGACAUAGUCACAGCAUACUUUGAUGCAGGAAACAGACAUAAAUAGCAGGAACAGAUACAUAUACUAUUUUGUGCAUAGAUAUUAUAGCAGUGGAAUAAUGCAAGAGGAAAUGAAAUAUCAUUUUUGAUAAA